GGGACGCUGGCUACCCUGGACAGCGCAUCGGUGCCCGCGCGGGCCAUGGAGCAUAUAAAGGCCUUUGAUGAUAAAGUCAAUACUUUUUUGGAUUAUAUGUUUGGACCUCGAGAUACUCGAGUCAGAGGAUGGUUCAUGUUGGACUCUUACCUUCCUACCUUUUUUCUUACUGUCAUAUAUUUGCUGUCAAUAUGGCUGGGUACCAAGUAUAUGAGGAACAGACCUGCUCUUUCUCUCAGGGGAAUCCUCACCUUGUAUAAUCUCGGAAUCACACUUCUUUCUGCUUAUAUGCUGGUAGAGCUCAUUCUCUCCAGUUGGGAAGGAGGCUACAACUUACAAUGUCAAAAUCUCAUCAGUUCAGGAGAAGCGGAUGUCCGGGUAGCCAAGGUAUUAUGGUGGUACUACUUCUCCAAAUUAGUGGAGUUCCUGGACACAGUUUUCUUCGUUUUGCGAAAAAAGACGUGUCAGAUCACUUUUCUUCACGUCUAUCACCACGUCUCUAUGUUCAACAUCUGGUGGUGUGUUUUGAACUGGAUACCCUGUGGACAAAGCUUCUUUGGACCAACACUGAACAGUUUUAUCCACAUUCUUAUGUACUCCUACUAUGGACUUUCUGUGUUUCCAUCUAUGCACAAGUACCUGUGGUGGAAGAAAUACCUCACGCAGGCUCAGCUGGUACAGUUCCUGCUUACCAUCACGCACACGCUGAGUGCCGUUGUGAAGCCCUGUGGCUUCCCCUUCGGUUGUCUUAUCUUCCAGUCUUCCUAUAUGAUGACACUGGUCAUCCUGUUCUUAAAUUUUUAUGUUCAGACAUACCGAAAAAAGCCGAUGAAGAAAGAUAUGCAAGAGCAUCCUGCAGAGAAAGAAGUCAAGAAUGGCUUCUCCAAAACCUACUUCACUGCAGCUAAUGGAGUGGUGAACAAGAAAGCACAAUAA